AACAGUCAGUAUAACAUCAAGCUUUACACAGUGAGCUCGCGCUGGUGUAUAGCUCCAAAAGAUGGUCGCGCGCGUAUUUGAAAAUUAUUCUAAGUCCGAAAAAUGUUAAUCACGAAUUUUCGCGGAAUUAUAAAAUUUCGAAAGUGCUUCUAAUUCAUAUGAAAUGAACUUGUAGUGUAUAUAAAAAACGAAAUAUUAAAAACAAUGUACCAAAUAUUAUUACUCGCGCUGUUUUGGGCAGCUGUUUGUGUGGUGGCCAAUCGUUACGAUGGUCCCGAGCAAUGUUCCUGGUUACCAGACAACACCGACAGCUCCUCCUCCAAGCUGUCUGUUACUUGUAAAGUGCGAAGUUUGGAGGAAGGAGCAAAUAUAACUACGUUACCGACGGAGGUUACUUCAAGAUUAAGGAUAUUGUGCAGUGACGUGCUUUUUUUCGAAAGUGUGCUUCCAAGUCAAGGGUUACAUCGGCUGCAUGAGCUCGAAGAGCUUCAAAUCAACAAUUGUAAAAUCCUCAGUAUACCUCCGAAUUCCUUCGAAGGACUGUACAACGUCAAAAAGCUCUCCGUUAAUACUUUUAAUGCUGACUGGAGCCCUACAAAAGUUCUCGAUCUGACUCCGUACAGCUUGCAGGGUUUAAAAGAGCUGCAAGUUUUAGAUUUAUCUGACAACAAUAUGAGAGCUUUACCAGACGGGAUGUUUUGUUCUUUAGCCAAUCUACAAACCAUCAACAUCACGAGAAAUCGUAUCAGAAAUCCUGAAAGAAUCGGAAUAAAUAUACCAGAAUGCACCAAUAGCGAUCUACAAAAUUUAGACCUGUCUUUUAACGAUUUGAAAACCUUAUCAGAAGAAGCUGGUUUUUCCAGAUUACGAAGAUUGCAACAUUUGUACUUACAAAAUAACAAUAUAAGUGAAAUAUCUGGUGAAACUUUCGCUGGGUUGGUCUCGUUGAAAAUUUUAAAUCUCGAUAACAACAAGAUAGGAACGUUACCCGAAGGUCUGUUUGCUGGUACACCAGAGCUAAAAGAGAUCCAUAUUAUGAACAACUCGCUGUUUUCACUAGCCAAAGGAAUUUUUCACAGAUUAGAACAAUUAUUGGUGUUGGAUAUAUCUGGUAAUCAGCUCACAAGCAACCAUAUCGAUGCAGGCACUUUUUCAGGUCUGAUUCGUUUGAUAAUAUUAAAUUUAUCUCACAACGCUUUAACUAGAAUCGACGGAAGGACUUUCAAAGAUUUGUACUUUUUACAGAUAUUAGAUUUGAGGAACAAUUCGAUCGGUUUUAUCGAGGAUAACGCAUUUUUACCUCUUUACAAUCUACACACGUUAAAUUUGGCGGAAAACAGACUGAAUACCAUCGGGGCGCAAUUGUUUAACGGACUCUUCGUUCUUAGUAAACUGACUUUAAAUAAUAACCUGAUUGUGAAUAUAGACACGAGUGCAUUCCUAAAUUGUUCCGCUUUAAAAGAAUUGGAUUUGUCGUCGAACGCGCUCUCCGAAGUUCCCGACGCGAUUCAAGAACUGUCGUUUCUCAAAACUUUAGAUUUGGGCGAAAAUCAAAUAUCCGAUUUUCGGAACGGGUCGUUUAAAAAUUUAAAUCAACUCACCGGACUGAGACUGAUCGAUAAUAAUAUCGGAAAUUUAACCAAAGGGAUGUUUUGGGACCUACCGAAUUUGCAAGUGCUUAAUCUCGCGAAAAAUAAAGUACAGAAUAUCGAGAGAGGAACAUUCGAGAGAAACACACAAAUCGAGGCGAUACGGUUAGACGAAAACUUUUUAACAGACAUUAACGGUAUUUUCGCGACUUUAGCUAGUUUGUUAUGGCUGAAUUUAUCGGAAAAUCAUCUAGUGUGGUUCGAUUACGCGUUCAUACCCAGUAAUCUUAAAUGGCUGGACAUUCACGGAAAUUUCAUAGAACAUCUCGCUAAUUACUACAAAAUUCAAGAUGAAAUUCGCGUAAAAACUCUAGACGCUAGUCACAAUCGUAUUUCUGAAAUAUCUCCGAUGUCGAUACCAAAUUCAAUAGAGCUUUUGUUCAUAAACAAUAACUUCAUCAGAACAGUGCAACCUAACACAUUCCUUGAUAAAUAUAAUUUAGCUCGAGUGGAUAUGUAUGCAAAUGAUUUAGUGAACUUAGAUUUAAACUCGCUAAGAAUCGCUCCAGUUGCUUCUAACAGAUCCCUACCGGAAGUAUACCUCGGAGGUAACCCGUUUCAUUGCGAUUGCACAAUGGAGUGGCUGCAACUCAUCAACAACAUGUCAGCUUCAAGGCAGUACCCCAAAGUGAUGGAUCUUGAAAAUAUCGUCUGCAAAAUGACCCAUUCUAGAGGUAUGACUCAUAUGCCAUUAAAUCAAGUGAAACAAAGUGAUUUUUUAUGUACUUACGAAACGCAUUGCUUUGCAUUGUGCCACUGUUGCGAUUUUGAUGCAUGCGAUUGCGAGAUGACUUGCCCUAAUAACUGCACAUGUUACCACGAUCAAACUUGGAAUAAUAACGUCGUCGAUUGCUCCGGACAAAAUGCAGAUGACGUCCCACAAAAAAUCCCAAUGGACGCCACUGAAGUUUAUUUAGACGGUAAUUAUAUUAGAGAACUGCAAAAUCAUGUCUUUAUCGGUAGAAAAAAUAUGCGAAUAUUAUUCGUGAACAAUAGCGGCGUAGAGACGAUACAAAACAGUACUUUUAACGGGUUGCAAAGUUUACAAAUUCUCCAUUUAGAGAAUAAUAAGUUGGCGGAAUUAAAAGGGUACGAGUUUGAACAGUUAUCGAAUUUAAAAGAACUAUAUUUGCAGAACAAUCAAAUUUCGGUGAUCGGUAAUAAUACUUUGGAGCCGUUAACGUCGUUGCAGGUUUUAAGACUGAACGGUAAUAAAUUGGUAACUUUUCCCGUGUGGCAACUAUCAACCAACACUCGUUUAUCCGAAGUUAUGCUGGGCAACAACCAGUGGUCUUGUAGAUGUAAAUUCUUGCAAGGACUUACGGCGUGGGUAGCGGACAAUGCAGCAAAGAUUGUCGACAGUGCGGACAUGAUGUGCUACAAUCUAGACUCGAGACCGCCUCAGCGUCGCGAAUUGGACUUUAACAGCACGGCAUGUAGUGACUUUUACGCCGGCAGUUCAGUAAUCGACAGUAUGCUAGUGUCAGAUUACUGGCCUAUGGUUGUAGUGACUUUAUGUAUCGUAAUAUUACUAUUACUGUCUCUAGUGUUGUGGUUCGUUUUUAGAGAUCCGGUACGCGUUUGGCUGUACAGCCGUUACGGAGUGCGAUUGUGCAGUUUUCGCGCUACUGCCGCUAAGCAGUACGAAGAAAGAGACAAGUUGUACGACGGUUUUGUGUGUUAUAGUCCCAAGGACGAGGAAUGGGUCGUACAAGCUCUAGCCGCAGAAUUAGAGCCCAAAUUCCAGCUGUGCUUGCACUACAGAGACUUACCCCACACCGCGUAUAUCCAACACACAGCUCCUGCUGUACUAGAAGCGUCAGAAGCCAGUAGAAGAGUGAUAGUAGUUUUAACGCGAAAUUUCCUACAGACUGAGUGGUCGCGGUUCGAGUUGAGGCAAGCUCUACACGAAGCUCUAAAAGGUAGGGUCUUUAAAUUAGUGAUAUUAGAAGAAGGCCCCAUUCCUGAAGCUGAGCUCGAUCCCGAGCUGCGAUUGUACCUUAAAACUGCGGAGCGAGUGAGAUGGGGCGAGAAACGAUUUUGGGAGAAAUUAAGAUACGCUAUGCCUUCCGUGGAACCCAGAGGGAAGAUCAACGCAAACUAUAGAAGAAAUAUAAAUAAUUACACAAUCGAUUCCAGGGUGGUGGCUAAUGGUACGCAUCACAGCCAUCAUACUUACCCUGAGAAGAUUAGGACGCAGGGGCCUCCAAGUCCCGGCAUGCAAAUGUUGCCGCCGUCAUACUCCGCGGCGGUACCCCAGGAGGCGGAUGAUGCCAACUAUUCCUCGGCAACGACGGCCACCCCUUCUCCUAGACCUAUGAGGCGGGUUCAGGAGCCCAGGCCGAUUUCAGACCAUAUUUACUCCAGCAUCGACUCUGAUUACAGCACGUUGGAGCGGGGGUCUGGUAGACGGGGGCCCCCCUGGAGGCCCCAGCACGUGAUGAUCCCAUCGGGGGUAAAUAAUGGAGGCCAGGCCUAUCUUGUGUGAUAACUCAAUAUGACUGACUAGGUAUAUAUAUAAAUAUAUUACUCAAAGACUAAAUAUUUCAAAGUCGACAAUGUGUAAUUAUUAAUUCAUUUUGUAACUAUUAUUUUUGUACAUUACUGUAUAUAGAUAUAUUUAUUUUGUUUUUAUUGAUUUUUGUAUUAUGUGUAUAUUUUUUACGAAUUGCAAGAAACGAAUUAUAUAAUAAAUACGAUGUGA